AUGGAUCCGACCAGGGAACCCACAAUGGUGCCGAUGGAGAUAGGGGAGCCGUCAUCACCGGGCGUCGCUCUUUCCAGGAAUCGGGUCAUUCAGAUCUCCGCGGCGUGUGGCUUGGUCGUUGUGCUCGCGCUGAGCUCCCUGUUCGCCCGCUCCGAUCGACCGCUCCAUGAAACUGCUGCAACGUGGCGAGACCACCUCGUCAAGGGUUGGAACUCGGGUUCGCAAGGCUCGACCGUGGUGUGGGCCGGGUCUGACGUCGGCCUAUCGCAGAGAAUGUUUGCCGAGCCCAAUAACAAUUACCGAGCCACAUUUAUUCACGCGGUCGUGAGGAGCAAUGCGGACACGUACCGCAAGAAAGACCUUGACUAUGACCUCUACGUCUCCCUCGCGAUGCAUAUCGAGGGUGAGCGCCUGCGCCAAGCCUGGCUCUUCCACCCCGAUUGUUGAGGGUUAUCUUCUUCUCCUCGGCGAGGACGAUUCCGGAGCACUGACAUGGGGCAUGAUUGUAUCCUAAGUUAUACCUUAUCACAGCGCACUUCAUCAGCUCACAUCGACCGAUCCGUCCAUCUUCACCAUAGGCGUUGCCUGCGAGCAUGAGUUUGCUGGCCAGUUCUACUCAGUCGAAGGUUGGCAACACGACCUCGCGUGGAUCACCGUUGUCAAUUGCCCAGUACCUACGCAACUAGAAGAAGCGAUGUCGCAAAACAGGAGGGAGACGCUGAAUACGACACUCACCUGGACCUACAAGGAAGACAAGGGCAAAUUCGCACACUCCCUUUCGCUCAAGGCCCACUAUCCCGAGCCGGAGAGCGAGGUGCGUUCUUAAAGGCCUCCCGACUCUUGCGGCCUCCGAUCAAGCUACCGGUCGACUAAACUGUAUCGCUUGUACCUUCUUGCUCUCUCUACUCCGCAGUUCGGCAUCUGCCUAUCGCCCAUUUGGGGACACCUCAAUGCUCGCGCAACUUUGGAGUGGCGCGAGAACGCGCAUCGUCUCGGCGUCGACACCGUGCACUGGCAUGCGCGUGAUACGAGUGUUGCCGAAUGGGUGCGACGCUACAACUCGGUCACAGGCGCUAAGGAUACGUUCAUGUAUGCUCCGCCGACCAGUCUCGAGACCUACGGCCAACGGAAAAAUCUUGCCGAUAACGGAUUGUAUGGCGAUCAGGUGGGUCAACUUCUUCUCAAGUUGAGACCCGCUGGGAACACUGGGUCAGUACUGAACUACACAAAUUCGACAAUAGGUCAUUUAUUACAACUCGUGCAAGUUCCGGUCACACCAGCUGUAUCCGACGCGUUGGCUAGGCUACCUCGACCGAGACGAAGAUUUCUUCCCCAAGAUCCUGCCUCCAACCAUGUCGGCGGCAACCCGGCAGCGUCUUCGACCUGAAGAGACAAUGCUGCGCACUUUGUUGCCCGACUACUUUGCCAAUGUUGCUGCCGAUAUUGGCUCGGUGUGCCUGGAGAAGGCUUACCACGGCCACAAACUCGAUCUCGACGAUGUGGUGCCUCCAAAGGUCGCGUCCACCGCCUUUCCAGAGCUCGGAUACGCCGCAGCAUGGAUACCACCAGAGCUGAGUCACAAAUGUAUGCACCGCGUAAAUGGUUACGAGAGCGCAAGCGUUCAGUAAGUCACACAGCAGCUAUCUCCUUCUGAUGCUGCCAAGGAGUUGGCUGACGACUGUUCCGGUCACGGCAGCUACGGCGAAGGGUGGUAUCCUGGGUUUCACCAGGUCAUUCACGACAAUGUCACCUCAGCCGCUGUUCCAUUCUAUUUCUGGCAUCAGCUCGCACAUGACGCAGGCUCAGGUGACCCUCCCCCGUACAAGGUGGAGGAGCUAAAACGAUACAUUGGAGACCUGUGGAUCGAGCGUGAGCGGAUCUGGGACGGGAUGCACUGGGGAUGUGAUAGCCUGCCGUGUCGGUUUUGA